GUCUGCCUUUUUUUUUGCGUGGGAGAGGCCAAAUGCUCCUUUCCCGAACGCAGUCUGCCAUGCCCGGCCACGACGGCGGGAGCGGGGCCGAGGGCAAGCGACGGAAGAAGCGCUCCCGCCGGAAGAAGAAGCCCAAGCUGGAGGACUACAUCCGCAAAAGAGACUAUACAGGUGCCAUUACCCUUCUUGAGUUCCAUCGUAAGCAUGCGGACGAAGAAGACCCUGAGCUGCUGCUCUGGCUGGGGUAUGCGUACUUUCACAACGGGGACGCGGCUGCUGCGCUCGAGGUGUACACCCUGUUGGCGGGCAUGGCCAACAACCCCAGCACUGAGGUGGCGACGUAUCGGGCCACUUGCUUGUUCUAUCUCGGAGAGUACAAGGAGGCACAGAGUGUGGCCGAGAGCGCGCGGCCGUCGGGCUUGCAGAACAGACUGCUCUUUCAUCUGGCGCACAAGUUUGGCAACGAAGAGGAGCUCAUGGGCUACCACCGCAAGCUCCGCGACGUGAUCGAGGACCAGAUGUCGCUGGCAUCGAUUCACUACAUGCGACAGCACUACAACGAGGCCAUCGAGAUCUACCAGACGCUGCUGAAGGACAAUCGGACGUACCAGGCCAUGCAGUUCUACAUUGCGUGUUGCUACUACAAGCUUGACUACUACGACUCAUCGCUCGACCUGCUCUCGCUCUACCUGGCUACGUACCCAGAUUCUGCGGUGGCGCUCAACCUCAAGGCGUGCAACCACUUUCGGCUGUACGACGGACGAGCUGCCGAGGCCGAGCUGAAGCGGCUGGAGGACCUGGCAACGCCGUCGUUCAAGUUUGCGCAGGAUCUCAUCCGGCACAACAUGGUGGUUUUCCGUGGCGGUGACAACGCGCUGCAGGUCCUUCCGCGCCUGGUGGGUGCACUUCCAGAGGCGCGGCUCAACCUCGCGAUCUACUACUUGCGGCAGGAUGAUGUGGGCAACGCAUACGAGCUGAUGAAGGACGUGGAUGCGCUCUCGCCGCAAGAGUACAUCCUCAAGGCUGUGGUCAACGCGGCGUACGGGCAGGUUUACGGCGAGCCGGAGAACCUGGAGUAUGCGCAGAAGCUGUACCAGAUUGUGGGGCUCUCGGCGACCGAGUGCGACACCAUUCCGGGGCGGCAGUGCAUGGCGUCGUACCUGUACCUGGUGGGCGAGUACGACCAGGUCCUCGUCUACCUCGACUCGAUCAAGACAUACUUUUACCUCGACGAUGACUUUAACUACAACUAUGGCAUUGCCAAGGCCGCGUGUGGCCAUUUUGGCGACGCCGAAGAGACGCUGCUGAUGGUACAGAACGAGCGGUACCGGGCCGAGUUCUGCUACCUCGGCUGGCUCGCCCGGUCGUACAUCAUGAACGGCAAGCCGCUACUCGCGUGGGAGCUCUACCUUCGGACCGAGUCAACUGGCGGCGACGCGUUCAACCUCCUCAACCUCAUUGCCAACGAUUGCUACUCGAUGGGCCACUUUUACGUUGCGGCGCAGGCCUUUGACAUUCUCGAGCGCACCGAUCCGACGCCCGAGGCUUGGGAUGCCAAGCGCGGCGCGUGCAUCGGCGUCUUCCAGCAGAUCAUCGCUGGCGUCCAGUCGACCGACGUCCUCCACGACGUCAUCUCCCUCCUCCGGCACACGCCGAACAACCCACAGGUCGAGCUCAUCAUCCGCACCAUGACCAAGUGGGGCUUGCAGAACGGACUCCACAUGUAAAAUCGUGGGGAUCGCCCAGGGCGACCAGCAAAACUACCC